AUUAUUACAAUAGAUCGAGAAUGGAAUCCACUAAGAAAUUUGAAGAAUUGAAGAAGUUGGAAACCAAAAACAACGAAAUAAGUCCGGAAGAAGACAAGAAAAUCGAUCUCAUGAGAUCAUCCUUAACCGUUCUUCAGGAACAGGAAGACAAUAAUAUCUCUGUCAAGGAAGUGGGAGAUGAUUUGAUGCUGAGGAGAUUUCUUCGGGCACGCGAUGGAGACGUAGAGAAGGCCACUUCCAUGUUUGUGAAGUACCUAAGCUGGAGGAAAUCGUUUGUUCCAAAUGGUUCGAUAUCUGCUUCAGAAGUUGCAAAAGAUCUCAACCAGAAUAAGAUGUUCAUGCAAGGAUUUGAUAAGCAAGGCCGACCCAUCACAGUUGGUUUGGCUGGUCGCCAUUUCCAUCUUAAAGGAGGCAUCGAAGACUAUAAACGUUAUGUGGUUUAUUUUCUGGACAAAGUAAUUUCCAGGAUGCCUUCAGGACAAGAGAAAUUUGUAUUUAUAGGCGAUCUUGAUGGAUGGGGGUAUGCUAACAUCGAUAUCCGUGCAUGCUUGGGAGCUCUUACGGUUCUUCAGGAUUUCUAUCCGGAACGACUAGGAAAAUUAUUUAUUGUCAACGCGCCUUAUAUAUUUAUGAUGGUGUGGAAGAUGAUUACCCCGUUUAUCGACAAUAACACCAAGAAGAAGAUAAUAUUUGUGGAGAAGAAGGACAUAAAAGCAACUUUGCUAGAAGAUAUUGAAGAGAACCAACUUCCAGAUGUGUAUGGUGGAAAACUUUCAUUAGUAUCCAUCCAAGAUGCUUAACCUAGAUCUCACCCAUUUCUUCAUCUCAUCAUAACUAAGGCUUUUGGAUUGUGUCUUGUCCUAAAAUCUAAGUUAUUUUCUUUCAAUAAAACUCGUAUAUAAUCAAAUUAAAUAUUUGUAUUCUAAUACUUUUUACUAU